UUUUUUUCAUUUUCUUUUUCGAAGUUCAAAGUUCAAUUGUUUAUCGUUCCAGCUUUCAUGCCCUCUCCGAGAUUGCGUAUCCAAGAGUGGUCAAGUCCAAAUCGUUGUCGGAGCUCAAAUGGAAGCUUUAGAUGAGGCUGAUUGCUGGGAUUUCCUUGAUUACAAUAUCAUCGGCGACAACACGUCUCCCGAUUUAUUUUGUUUCAAUGACACGGGUGGAGCAGAGUUUGAUUUUUCAUCUGGUGUUGUGUUACAAGAGAAGGAAGGUGAGCAGAAAGAAUGCACGCGAAAGAGGGGACGAACUGGAUCAUGCAGCAGGCCGGGGACAAAGGCUUGUCGUGAGAGAUUGCGGAGGGAAAGACUGAAUGACAGGUUCCUGGAUUUGAGCUCUGUUUUGGAACCUGGCAGGCCUGCAAAAACAGACAAGCCAGCCAUUCUCGAUGAUGCCAUUAGAGUUUUGAAUCAACUAAGAGCUGAGUCUCAGGAGCUUAAAGAAACAAAUGAAAAGCUAGUUGAAGAAAUAAAAAGCCUGAAGGCUGAGAAAAAUGAACUUCGUGAAGAAAAACUUGUGCUUAAAGCUGAUAAAGAAAAGAUAGAACAGCAGUUGAAAGCCAUGGUUGUUCCAUCUGCAGGGUUUAUGCCGACUCACCCAGCUGCAUAUCAUGCUAGUGCUAAUAAGAUGGCUGUUUUUCCUAGUUACGGCUUCAUUCCCAUGUGGCAAUAUUUACCACCAUCAUCUCGUGAUACAUCUCAUGAUCAUGAACUCAGGCCACCUGCAGCAUAGAUUUUGAUUUCAAAAUAAUUAUUUUGAAUGACUGGCUAGUUUUCAGUCUUUCAGAUGCUUUGUUUUAUUAUCAUACAACAUUUUUUUUUAAUCAAUUGACAUGUAAAUAUCCAUUGUGUUUGGUUCAAUUCCUAAUCAUUCCCUCAUAAUUUUCAGCUCUAAUUGUUAUAUUACUCUUAACACAUAGAAUUAAGACAGUUUUAUGUCUGAUCUCCUCCACCCAUUUCUUGUAUUCCCUAGGUUCCAACUUCCAUAGAAUUCAAAAUAGAAGUGGGGAUGAGAUUUAGCGUACAAAUAGUCUUUUGACUCUACAUGUCAAGAUUAAUAUAAGGAUUAGAUGCAAGAAGUAAGGGAGAAUGAAAUAGGAAUUGAACCAAA